AUGGUAAAUCAGCUGCAGGAUGCUGUGUCCUUCCUUCAACAACGAGUGAUACAGAAUGCUGGGACGGAUGCCAAACUUGGAGAUGUGCAGGGGAUGUUGCGAAAGGUCCUGCACCGCUACAAGAAGCUUUUGGCGAGCAGUGCAGAUACCCAUCUUUCCACCGUGACCUACGAGUCCAAGCUCAGUGAGUUGGAGACCCUCAUGCAGGGUGUGGAAGAAGAGCAGGACGUUUUGAUGUCGCUGCAGGAGCAGCAGCGAAUGGAGUUUGUAGGGGCAGAGGCUCGGGAGAAGGCACUCCAUUUGGAGGCAGCCCAAGAGUAUAGCCAGAGUGUGGCCUUGCGCACCUUGCUAUUUUCAGAAGAGAGCAGCUGUGAGGCUCAGGACCGGCGCGUGCGGCGCCUGGUGGACGAGCUGGGCGAUCGAGAGGUGCAGAUGAGGAACAUGCAAGUGUUGCAGGACGAGCUCCAGAUGUUGAAAGGGAAGUUGCAACUUUCGGAAGGGCAAGCGAGUGGGCACCUGCGUGCGGAGAGUCAGGUACAGACCCUUCAGAGGAAGUGGCUGGACGCACGCUUGCAGUGCCAGGCCUCUGAAGAGGAACAUCUGAAGUGCCGGCAGUUGUUUCAGGAGGAAGAGCACGCUGUUCGGCGCCUGGAGGGUGCAAAGAAGCGGCACAUGGAGUCGGCCGAGGAGGCGCGCGAUGCAUUGGACAAGCUCCAAACCAAGAGUCAAAGGCUAGAACUGCAGGCAACAUCUCAAGCUCGAAGACUCACGCAGGAGGAGCAGACUCUCAGAGGCAUGGAGGAAGCCCUGCAGGAAGCGCAUCAGGAACUGCAUCGAUUCCGCAGCGAGCAGCAAGCGCAGCUGGCAGACACCAUUGGUGCCAAAGUCCGCUUGCAAUGUGCCACUGAGUCCUUUGAGGAGGAGCUCUCCGCACUGCGACAAGCGCAAACGGCCCACGCACACCUCGAAGCCCAGUCGCAAGCGGCACAGGAGUCCGCGGAGCAACGUUUGCAGAGACUCUCGGAGGAGCUGACCCAGGCCGCCCGAGAAGAGAACGCCUUGCUGGAGGAGAGCCGUAUCCAGGAGGAGCGGAUCGCCCGCCUGGAGGAGGCCAAGAACGCCGCGGCCUUGCAACAGGCGGUGGAGUGCGCCUCCCUUUGGACCGAGCAAGAUGGUUGCAGAAGAGCUGAACGGCAAGCUGCUGCUUCAGAGGAACGCGCAAGACAGCUUCAAGUCGAAGUGCAGUAUCUGGAGUGCAAGCAGGAGCGCUCGAGGCAGCUGCAGUUGCAGUUGCAGCAGGUGGAGGCAAAGCAGGAAAUGGUGGAGAAAACAGCAUCAGAGCUCAGGGAUCAGCCCCUUGCCGCAAGCUCCAGGUGA